AUGGUGCACAACGUGGAUAUCUUGAAGGAUGAAGACGAGUUUUGGUUCAGUCGAAACGUACAAGAAAUCACUUCUCUGCAAGAAAUUGCUCCUACUUCUAGUCCAACAACUCUAUCACCAUCUGCAACACCAUCAACUACACCGACUGGUUGCAGCUAUUUGAUUGACGAAUGCCCAUCGAAAUGUUGGGAAGUGAACGAAGAUGAGCGACCACCAACAUGCGCUUCGAUUGGACAAGCCUUUCCUUUUCUAUCGAACUGUAAUUCGCUUCCCUUUAUGUUCACGGAAUGUCCCGAAUGUUGUCCAGAUGCAUGUUUAGACGACAAUCGAGAUAAGGAAGGUUGUGAUCCAACGCCCAUGCCGUCGCCUGCGCCUUCUCCGGUUCCGACUGGAUGUAGUCAGUUAAUUGAAGCAUGUCCCUCGAAAUGUUGGGAAAUAGACGAUGAUGCACGACCCCCAACAUGCGUUUCGAUUGCAGCAAUCUUUCCCAUGCUACAAGGUUGUAAUUCUCUUCCUUUUGAUUAUACUGCAUGCCCCGAGUGUUGUCCAGAUGAAUGUCGACCAGACAACCCCAUGUUCGAUCCAUCACCCGAUGGAAGUCCUCCAGUAUGCUCUCCAACGACAAUGCCAUCACCGAUACCGACACCGGGUCCAUCAGUGGCACCAACUUCGGAUCCAUCAUCAGAACCAUCCCCAUCGCCCAGUAUGAUGCCGUCGGAAUGCUCUGAUUUGAUUGAAGGCUGCCCUUAUGAAUCGUGUUUCCUAGCACAAAAGGACCCAUCACGGCCACUGGAUUGCACUGAUCCCAGCAUUGGAAGGUCGGAAUGUGAUGCUGUCCCACCACCAGAAGGGAUCAACUGUCCAAUUUGUUGCGCAAGUGACUGCCGAGCUGACCAUCCAAUGUUCAGCCAUUCCCCUGAUGGGUCACCACCAGAGUGCUCACCAACUAUGAUGCCAUCACCAUUACCAUCACCAGAGCCAUCAUCAGAGCCAUCGCAAGAUCCAUCACCAGAGCCGUCGCCCGCGCCGACACCCUGUGCUGAAAUUCUGGAAAAUUGUCCGGUUACGUGUUUCAGUGCUGAUUUUGAUAUCCGCCCAUCCAGCUGUGCCCUAUUACAACGAGAAGAUUGCGACCAAAUCCCACUCCCAAUGGACUGCCCGACAUGCUGUCCAACGCGUUGUUUGACUUUUGAUCCUGAUCAUUGUGGAGCCCCGACACCCUUGCCAUCACCAGUCCCAUCAGUUGUACCAAGUGAUAUGCCAUCCGACUGUGGGAAAGUCAUUGAGCAAUGUCCAUUUGCAUCAUGCUUCUUACCGUACAACGAUCCUAUGCGUCCAGGUGAAUGUUCUAGCUCGCAGAUCCGUCGUGAAGACUGUGACGUUCUUCCAUUUCCCUCAGGAUGUCCUGAAUGCUGCCCUUUUGAGUGUCGGCCUGACCACCCCAUGUUCACAGCCUCAGAAGAUGGAUCACCACCAGUUUGUUCUCCAACAAUGAUGCCCACGACUAAUCCAUCCAGUACCCCUUCCAAUGUUCCCAGUGCAAUGCCAUCGGACUGCGCGGAAAUCAUUGAUCAAUGUCCGCAUGAUACAUGUUUCCUACCAUUGGACGACGAAUCGAGACCACGUGAUUGUAUUGAUCCAAUGGUCGAUCGAGAAGAUUGUAAUGUGCUACCUUUUCCAGAUGGCUGUCCAGUAUGCUGUCCCGUUGAAUGCAGUCCCGAACACCCAAUGUUUAGUGAUAGACCAGAUGGAAAUCCUCCGGCUUGCUCACCUACCAUGAUGCCAAGCCCCAUUCCGACGUCAAUACCAUCAACCAGCCCAUCAGUUGUACCAUCAUCAGUCCCAUCCAUUCAAGCAUCAUCUACACCAUCAAAAAAUACAGAUUCGCCGACAGCUGUAUCGGAUGGUCCAAGUGUGUCACCAAGUGCAAUGCCUUCCGACUGUGUGGACGUCAUUGAUCGAUGUCCAUAUGCAAGUUGUUUCCUACCUUUCGACGACCCUGCUCGACCAGCGGAAUGUACCAGCUCAGAGAUCAUGAGGUCAGAUUGCAAUGUUGUUCCAACUCCGCCAGAGCUUGGAUGCCCGGAAUGCUGCGCAUACGAGUGUCGACCGAAUAACCCAAUGUUCACAGACUGUUCACCGACAAUGCUACCAUCACCAUCGCCCAGUUCUAGUCCAUCGACAGCACCGUCUCUUGCACCUUCGAUGGAACCUACUAUAAUGCAGUCGGAUACACCAUCGUUAGAGCCUUCGCCAGCCCCAACGUCUUGCAGCUACUUGAUUGAUGAGUGUCCAGAAGCCUGUUGGAACAUAGAUCCCGCGCAACGGUAUCCAGCAUGCGUGGACUUCAAUCGACCUGAUUGUGAUGAUUUGCCAUUUGACGCAGAAGGUUGUCCAGAGUGCUGUCCAAAUCAAUGCCUCAACCCAGAGGACAGAAUCAACUGCAGUCCAACACCAGUGCCAUCUCCGGUACCAUCUUUGGCCCCUUCCUCUGUACCUUCACCGAAACCGUCAUCAACGCCAUCGGCAGAACCUUCACCAGGACCUUCGCUACAGCCCAGUGCUAUGCCUACAUCUUGCAGCCAUUUGAUUGAUGAGUGUCCUACUGCAUGUUGGGAAGUAGAUCCAAGUGAUAGACCGGCCAGCUGUGCAUCAGUUGGAAGUACAGUCUGCAGAAAUAUUCCAACGCCAAUUGGUGUCACCUGCAACUGUUGUCCAGAUGAGUGUCUCGAUCCUCAAGACAGAGUCAAUUGCAGCCCCACACCACUACCGUCACCAUUUCCAUCUGGUGAUCCUACACCAAUGCCUACAGCAGCGGCUACAUUAUUGGAAAGCCAAAAGCCAAGUAGCAGUCCCAGCAUGAGGCCGUCAGAAUGCGCCGAUGUCAUUGAACGUUGCCCAUUUGAUGCAUGCUUCCUUCCAUACACAGACUCUAGCAGACCUGGCGAUUGUACUGGAUCACAAGUUCGACGACCAGAUUGUGAUGUAUUGCCAUUCCCUGAUGGAUGUCCAAUGUGCUGUCCACUCGGGUGCCGACCUGACAGUCCAAUGUUUGAUAUCCAGCCGGAUGGGAGUCCUCCUAUCUGCUCACCUACCAUGAUGCCAUCACCCUCCCCUUCGUCUGAGCCAUCAAUCAAUGCUUCCCUUGGUCCUUCUGCUACACCGUCAGAGGCGCCCACGGCUUGCAGUCACUUGAUCGACGAGUGCCCAGUGGCAUGUUGGGAGACUGAUUCCAGUGACCGUCCACCAAGUUGUGCAUCGACUGGAGAUACAUUAUGUAAUGUGUUGCCCCUUCCAAUUGGGAUACCCUGUGCGUGUUGUCCAGAUAGAUGUUUGGAUCCUCAAGAUCGAAUUGACUGCAGUCCGACGCCGCUGCCAUCUCCUGUACCAUCAGCAGCUCCAUCAGCUUCACCAUCUUUGGUUCCAUCUAUGACACCUACAGACCGACCAUCACCGAUUCCAUCACCAGGUCCAACAGUGCUACCAUCGCCACUACCAUCUCCUGAACCAAGUGCAACGCCAACAUCGUGCAGUCAUUUGAUCGACGAGUGUCCUACUGCAUGCUGGGAGACUGACCCCAACGACCGUCCUUUGAGUUGUGCAUCUAUUGGAAGUACUCUUUGCAGAAACAUUCCACUGCCACCAGGCAUCGUUUGUGACUGCUGUCCGGACGAGUGUCUUGAUCCUCAAGACAAACUCGAUUGCAGUCCUACCGCACUGCCGUCAUCAGUUCCAUCUUCUGAACCUACUAUCACUGGAGUCAUUUUAUUUGAGACAAUGAAGCCAAGUAACAGCCCGAGCAUGAUGCCAUCAGAAUGUGCAGAUGUCAUUGAUCGAUGUCCAUUUGACGCGUGCUUCCUUCCAUACUCGGACACCAGUAGACCUGGCGACUGUACUGGAUCACAAAUAAGACGUCCCGACUGUGAUAUGCUACCAUUCCCCGAUGGAUGUCCAAGGUGUUGUCCGUAUGAAUGUCGCCCCGAUAGUCCAAUGUUUGACAUUCAACCAAACGGAGAACCUCCGGUAUGCUUGCCUACCAUGGUCCCAUCGCCGUCGCCUUCAUUGGAGCCAUCCAUCGAAGCUUCUGUUGGUCCAUCGGCUACACCAUCGGAUACUCCCACAGCUUGCAGUCAUCUGAUUGACGAGUGUCCAGUGGCGUGUUGGGAGAUCAACCCCAAUGACCGUCCAGCAAGUUGUGCGUCGACUGGAAAUACGAUCUGCAAUCUAUUGCCACUACCAGCUGGAGUCAACUGCGACUGUUGUCCCGACCACUGCUUGAAUCCUCAAGACAGAAUUGACUGUAGUCCGACGCCAUUGCCGUCACCAAUUCCGUCACCUGGUCCAACAGACUUGCCAUCCUUGGUUCCAUCAUUGACGCCAACAAAUAUACCUUCUCCUGCGCCAUCACCGGAGCCAACACUUUUGCCUACCAGCCUACCAAGUCCUGUUCCAUCAGCUAUGCCCACCGAAUGCUCAUACUUGAUUGACAAGUGUCCAACGGCAUGUUUCCAUGUUGAUCCCUUUCGACGAUAUCCAUUAUGCAUUGAUUUUGGACGUCCAGAUUGUGAUACCUUACCAUUUGAUGAGGACGGCUGUCCGGACUGCUGUCCAACAGAGUGUAAUGGAGCCCGUGACCGGGUUGACUGUAGCCCAACACCCCUACCAUCACCAAAACCAUCAUCAAGGCCUUCCAUUCUACCCUCCAUUCGACCGACAUGGGAACCAUCUCCAGAUCCAUCCACUUUGCCCUCCUACAGUCCUUCUGAAGAUCAUUCUCAUGGUCCAUCUGUGGCCCCAUCAGACUCGCCAACAAGUCGUCCAUCAAUUAUUCCCUCAAAAAGACCUUCUGGAUCCCCAACUAUUUUUUCGUCGUCAGCCCCAACAUUGUGUGGCCAUUUGGUUGAGCAAUGUCCCACCGCUUGUUGGGAAGAUGAUCCUAGUGAUUGGCCAGCCAGUUGUGCAUCUAUUGGAAGUACCCUUUGCAGAAACAUUCCAAUUCCAGUUGGUGUUGCUUGUAAUUGUUGUCCAGAGGAGUGCCUCAAUCCUCAAAACAGAAUGGACUGCAGUCCUACACCGCUACCAUCACCAGUACCUUCCAUAGAACCAACAGUACCAGGUGUGAUCAUAUUGGAGACUCAAAAGCCAAGCAACAAUCCAAGCAUAAUGCCUUCAGAGUGUUCUGAUACCAUUAAAGGAUGUCCAUUUGAAGGAUGCUUCCUUCCAUAUACGGACGCGCAAAGACCGGGAGACUGUACCGGAUCGCAGUUCCGAAGACCUGAUUGUGACAUGCUACCGUUCCCUGAUGGCUGUCCCAUGUGUUGUCCAUACGAAUGUCGACCUGAUCAUCCAAUGUUUGAUACCCAGCCAAAUGGGGAGCCCCCAGUGUGCUCGCCUACUCCGAUACCAUCCUCAUCACCUUCCUUUGAGCCUUCAAUUGCGGCCUCAGAGGAACCUUCUGCUACUCCUUCGGAGAUGCCUACAUCAUGUAGUCAUUUGCUUGAUGAAUGUCCAGUGUCCUGUUGGGAAAUCAAUCCAGAUGACCGUCCAGUGAGCUGUGGUUCUGUGGGAGAUACGGUUUGUAAUGUGUUGCCGCUGCCAAUUGGAGUACCCUGCGCCUGUUGUCCUGAUAAGUGUUUGGAUCCCCAAGACCGAGUCGACUGUAGUCCAACACCACUACCAUCGCCUGUACCAUCAGCAAGCCCAUCAGCUUUGCCAUCAUUGGCCCCAUCUUGGUCACCAACAGAUCGGCCGUCAUCUAUACCAUCUCAAGGUCCAAGCAAGCUCCCAACACAGAUGCCUUCCUCAUCACCUUCCUUUGAGCCUUCGAUUGCAGCCUCAGAGGAACCUUCUGCUACUCCUUCGGAGAUGCCUACAUCAUGUAGUCAUUUGCUUGAUGAAUGUCCAGUGUCCUGUUGGGAAAUCAAUCCAGAUGACCGUCCGGUGAGCUGUGGUUCUGUGGGAGAUACGGUUUGCAAUGUGUUGCCGCUGCCAAUUGGAGUACCCUGCGCCUGUUGUCCUGAUAAGUGUUUGGAUCCCCAAGACCGAGUUGACUGUAGUCCAACACCACUACCAUCGCCUGUACCAUCAGCAAGCCCAUCAGCUUUACCAUCGUUGGCCCCAUCUUGGUCACCAACAGAUCGACCAUCAUCUGUACCAUCUCAAGGUCCAAGCAAGCUCCCAACACAGAUGCCUUCCUCAUCACCUUCCUUUGAGCCUUCAAUUGCGGCCUCAGAGGAACCUUCUGCUACUCCUUCAGAGAUGCCUACAUCAUGUAGUCAUUUGCUUGAUGAAUGUCCAGUGUCCUGUUGGGAAAUCAAUCCAGAUGACCGUCCAGUGAGCUGUGGUUCUGUGGGAGAUACGGUUUGUAAUGUGUUGCCGCUACCAAUUGGAGUACCCUGCGCCUGUUGUCCUGAUAAGUGUUUGGAUCCCCAAGACCGAGUCGACUGUAGUCCAACACCACUACCAUCGCCUGUACCAUCAGCAAGCCCAUCAGCUUUACCAUCGUUGGCCCCAUCUUGGUCACCAACAGAUCGGCCAUCUUUGGUACCUUCUAUAGGUCCAAGCAAUUUCCCAACUCUGAUGCCUUCUUCUGAACCAAGUUCAAUGCCAACAUCCUGUGGCCAUUUGGUUGAGCAAUGUCCCACCGCUUGUUGGGAAGAUGAUCCUAGUGAUCGGCCAGCCAGUUGUGCAUCUUUUGGAAGUACCCUUUGCAGAAACAUCCCAAUUCCAGUUGGUGUUGCUUGUAAUUGUUGUCCAGAGGAGUGCCUCAAUCCUCAAAACAGAAUGGAUUGCAGUCCUACACCGCUACCAUCACCAGUACCUUCCAUAGAACCAACAGUACCAGGUGUGAUCAUAUUGGAGACUCAAAAGCCAAGCAACAAUCCAAGCAUAAUGCCUUCAGAGUGUUCUGAUACCAUUAAAGGAUGUCCAUUUGAAGGAUGCUUCCUUCCAUAUACGGACGCGCAAAGACCGGGAGACUGUACCGGAUCGCAGUUCCGAAGACCUGAUUGUGACAUGCUACCGUUCCCUGAUGGCUGUCCCAUGUGUUGUCCAUACGAAUGUCGACCUGAUCAUCCAAUGUUUGAUACCCAGCCAAAUGGGGAGCCCCCAGUGUGCUCGCCUACUCCGAUACCAUCCUCAUCACCUUCCUUUGAGCCUUCAAUUGCGGCCUCAGAGGAACCUUCUGCUACUCCUUCGGAGAUGCCUACAUCAUGUAGUCAUUUGCUUGAUGAAUGUCCAGUGUCCUGUUGGGAAAUCAAUCCAGAUGACCGUCCAGUGAGCUGUGGUUCUGUGGGAGAUACGGUUUGUAAUGUGUUGCCGCUGCCAAUUGGAGUACCCUGCGCCUGUUGUCCUGAUAAGUGUUUGGAUCCCCAAGACCGAGUCGACUGUAGUCCAACACCACUACCAUCGCCUGUACCAUCAGCAAGCCCAUCAGCUUUGCCAUCAUUGGCCCCAUCUUGGUCACCAACAGAUCGGCCGUCAUCUAUACCAUCUCAAGGUCCAAGCAAGCUCCCAACACAGAUGCCUUCCUCAUCACCUUCCUUUGAGCCUUCGAUUGCAGCCUCAGAGGAACCUUCUGCUACUCCUUCGGAGAUGCCUACAUCAUGUAGUCAUUUGCUUGAUGAAUGUCCAGUGUCCUGUUGGGAAAUCAAUCCAGAUGACCGUCCAGUGAGCUGUGGUUCUGUGGGAGAUACGGUUUGCAAUGUGUUGCCGCUGCCAAUUGGAGUACCCUGCGCCUGUUGUCCUGAUAAGUGUUUGGAUCCCCAAGACCAAGUUGACUGUAGUCCAACACCACUACCAUCGCCUGUACCAUCAGCAAGCCCAUCAGCUUUACCAUCGUUGGCCCUAUCUUGGUCACCAACAGAUCGACCAUCUUUUGUACCUUCUGAAGAACCUACUGUAACAGCCUUUCAAAUGGUGCUGACUGAAACGCCAAGUUACAAUCCAAGUAUGAUGCCUUCGGACUGUGCAGAUAUCAUUGAUCGAUGUCCAUUCGAUUCAUGCUUUCUUCCGUAUUUGGACGCCAGCAGACCCUUAGAUUGUACUGGAUCUGGACUGAAUUUGCCGGACUGUGACAUGCUGCCUUUCCCUGAUGGUUGUCCCAUGUGCUGUCCAUCUGAAUGUCGACCUGACAGUCCAAUUUUUGAUACCCAGCCAAACGGAGAUCCCCCAGUGUGCUCGCCUACCAUGUUGCCAUCGCCAGUUCCGUCCUCUGCACCAUCUGUUGAGGCCUCUGGUGGCCCUUCUGCAAUGCCUUCAGCAAUCCCAUCUCUUCUGCCGUCACUUGUACCAUCUAUUGGCAAAGCUGUUGGGUGUGGUCUCAAUAUUGAUAUUGAUGAUAGCUGCAUGGUCGCAUGCAACUUUGAUGUAUGCGUGGAGCGUCCCUUUCGCAUGCAAAUGCAAUACAUUGGAGGUGGAUGUGAAGGCACAUCAUUCAAGCGUUGCCCAAGCGAUGAUCCGGACACCUGUUCCUGUACAAAAGAAGAGGUUACAUGUUCCAUGUGGAAUGAAAACAAUUCCUGCGAAGAUUUUGAUGCAGAGGGGAACGUCUGCAAUGAUCUUCAGCAGAUUUGUGAAGGUGGAGCUACCACAGCGCCGGUUUCAGGUUGCGGGCCACCACCUUCAAAUGAAAAUCACAUAGUACACAUUGAAGCUUUUGGUGGGGACGAGUUGUACUUUGCGGGUCCAGUCAUUGUAAAUACCACUUGGGAAGCAGUGACAAGGCAGGUUGCAGUUGAAGCUUACACCGAUAUUUUCACUUAUCAAUGGGAUGAUAGUAGAGGAAAAGGGCGUCUAAUGCAGCAUGUAGUUUUUGAUAGCUCUUGUACAAAAGAGUUAGUCCUUGGUGAUCAAUUUGGGUGCCAACAGCUACAUGAAAUGGAUUCCUACUGCCAGCCUUCCUGCAACGAUGGAGGGUGUGAAGAUAUUACAGAAGGUGGCUCAUCGUUUGGAAGAAGAAGGAUUUCACUUCUCAUGGAGACUACUGCGGAGAUCCGUCUUGAUAAACUCAUUGGUUCCAUUGCUAGAUCUGGAACAGAAAGCAGUGUGCAGUUGGACCAUGUUCUUGGACUUUAUACUCCUGUGGACUUCAGUGCACCUAGUGCUCUUUUGAAUUUCAGCAAAGUGAUGGGCCAAGUGGUACCUCCUUCUAUUGCAGUUAGUCAAGGCAAUCUUACAAUUUCGCCACAAAAGAACUACAGCGUUGCUUCUAUUGUUACGGGGUUCCUUAAUUCUGACAGAUCAAUUCCAUGCCAACAAAUUGCCGAAGCACAGAUUGGAUGCCGCAGAGUACCCCAGCUUCCGUGUCAAUGCCCACCAUGUCUUGCAAGCCAGCUAUCUACUUUACCUCCAGUUGCUGGAUCGCCACCGUCAGGAGAGGGCCCACCACCAUCAGGAACUCCUCCAAGCCCCUCUGCACGACCUCCAACACCGCAGCCAACCACUCAUCCAACUCCUCAGCCAACAGCUGCGUCCAUCAUUUCAUCUACAUUGAGUCCAACACCUAUUCCACCUUCAAAUGGGGGCAAGGGAAAGGCAAAGAGUAAGGGAAAGAGUGGAAAGAGUAAAUCGAAAGGCGAAGGAAAGAGCGGUAAAAGCAAAUCAAAAGAUGACAGUAAGAGUGGCAAGAGUAAAUCAAAAGGCAAAGGAAAGAGUGGCAAGGGAAAAAGCGAUUCUGGAAAGAGCGCCAACAAAAGUACGAAGGGCGACGGAGAGACAGGUCAAUUUGGAAAGAGCGAUACCUCGAAAAGCACCAAAGGCAAGAGUGGCAAGAGCGACUUGGGCAAGAGUGAUGAUAAAGGCAAAAGUGACUCUGGCAAGAGCGCUACCAAGAGUGAUGGCAAGAGUGACAAGAGCAACUCGGGGAAAAGUGAUGAUAACGGCAAAAGUGACUCUGGGAAGAGCGCCACCAAGAGUGGCAAAAGUGACUUGGGCAAGAGUGACCAAGGAAAAAGCGACUCUGGCAAGAGCAUCACCAAGAGUACCAAGGGGGACGGCAAGAGUAGCAAGAGCGACUCAGGCAAGAGUGAUGAUGAAGGCAAAAGCGACUCUGGGAAGAGCGCCACCAAGAGUGGCAAAAGCGACUCUGGCAAGAGUGACAAAGGAAAAAGCGACUCUGGCAAGAGCAUCACCAAGAGUACCAAGGGGGACGGCAAGAGUGGCAAGAGCGACUCAGGCAAGAGUGAUGAUGAAGGCAAAAGCGACUCUGGCAAGAGUGACAAAGGAAAAAGCGACUCUGGCAAGAGCGUCACCAAAAGUACCAAGGGGGACAGCAAGAGUGGCAAGAGCGACUUGGGCAAGAGUGCCGAUAAAGGAAAAAGCGGCUCGGGAAAGAGUGCCACCAAGAGUGCCAAAGGUGGUGGCAAGAGUGGCACAACUGACUCGGGCAAGAAUGAUGCUACAGGCAAAAGCGAAUCAGGCAAGAGUGCCACCAAGAGUGGCAAGAGCGAUUCAGGUAAGGCUGAUGAUAAGGGAAAAAGUGACUCUGGCAAAAGCGCCACAAAGAGUGGCAAGAGCAGCUCAGGAAAGAGCAACUUGGGAAAGAGUAAUGAUACAGGAAAAAGCGGCUCAGGAAAGAGCGCCACCAAGAGUACCAAGGGUGACAGCAGCAGUGGCAAGAGCAACGCAGGCAAGAGUGCAGAUAAAGGAAAAAGCGACUCAGGAAAGAGUGCCACCAAGAGUACCAAGGGUGACAGCGGCAGUGGCAAGAGCGACUCAGGAAAGAGUGCAGAUAAAGGAAAAAGCGACUCAGGUAAAAGCAUCACCAAGAGUACGAAGGGUGACGGCAAGAGUAGCAAGAGCGAUUCAGGCAAGAGUGCUGACAAAGGAAAAAAUGACUCGGGAAAGAGCAUCACCAAGAGUACAAAGGAUAACAGCAAGAGUAGCAAGAGUGAUUCAGGCAAGAGUGCAGACAAAGGAAAAAGCGACUUGGGAAAGAGUGUCACCAAGAGUACAAAGGGUGAUGGCAAGAGUGCUAAAAGCAACUCAGGAAAGAGCACCGGAAACAAUGAUUCUGGGAAGACCGACAAGGCUGACUCAACCAAAAAUGAUGCUGGAAAGUCAAGCAAGGAUGAUGCUGGAAAGACGGAUACUGGCAAGAUCGGGAAGUGGGGAGGAAAGACUGGACAAAGUGAUACCGGAACAACCGAUCCAUUUGAUCAACUUGGUGGAAGUGAUGCAGACUCCGGAAAGACUGGCAGUGGCCCCAAGGGAUCUGGAAAGAAUCCAGUCUCACUACCCACAUCUGCACCCAAAGAUUCAGGGAAAUCCAAAGACAGUGACAAUGGCAAGGCUGGAAAGAAUAACUCCGGCAAGAAUGAUAGUGGGAAGACCGGUAAGGAUGAUUCCGGCAAGAACGAUGCUGGCAAGACUGGCAAGGAUGAUUCUGGAAAGACUGGUAAGGAUGACUCAGGCAAGAAUGAUGCUGGGAAGACUGGCAAGAAUGAUGCAGGGAAGAAUGAUAAUGGGAAGACCAGUAAAGAUGACUCUGGCAAGAAUGAUACUGGAAAGGCUGGAAAAACUGACACUGGCAAGAUCGGGAAGUGGGGAGGAAAGACUGGACAAAGUGAUACCGGAACAACCGAUCCAUUUGAUCAACUUGGUGGAAGUGAUGCAGACUCCGGAAAGACUGGCAGUGGCCCCAAGGGAUCUGGAAAGAAUCCAGUCUCACUACCCACAUCUGCACCCAAAGAUUCAGGGAAAUCCAAAGACAGUGACAAUGGCAAGGCUGGAAAGAAUAACUCCGGCAAGAAUGAUAGUGGGAAGACCGGUAAGGAUGAUUCCGGCAAGAACGAUGCUGGCAAGACUGGCAAGGAUGAUUCUGGAAAGACUGGUAAGGAUGACUCAGGCAAGAAUGAUGCUGGGAAGACUGGCAAGAAUGAUGCAGGGAAGAAUGAUAAUGGGAAGACCAGUAAAGAUGACUCUGGCAAGAAUGAUACUGGAAAGGCUGGAAAAACUGACACUGGCAAGAUCGGGAAGUGGGGAGGAAAGACUGGACAAAGUGAUACCGGAACAACCGAUCCAUUUGAUCAACUUGGUGGAAGUGAUGCAGACUCCGGAAAGACUGGCAGUGGCCCCAAGGGAUCUGGAAAGAAUCCAGUCUCACUACCCACAUCUGCACCCAAAGAUUCAGGGAAAUCCAAAGACAGUGACAAUGGCAAGGCUGGAAAGAAUAACUCCGGCAAGAAUGAUAGUGGGAAGACCGGUAAGGAUGAUUCCGGCAAGAACGAUGCUGGCAAGACUGGCAAGGAUGAUUCUGGAAAGACUGGUAAGGAUGACUCAGGCAAGAAUGAUGCUGGGAAGACUGGCAAGAAUGAUGCAGGGAAGAAUGAUAAUGGGAAGACCAGUAAAGAUGACUCUGGCAAGAAUGAUACUGGAAAGGCUGGAAAAACUGACACUGGCAAGAUCGGGAAGUGGGGAGGAAAGACUGGACAAAGUGAUACCGGAACAACCGAUCCAUUUGAUCAACUUGGUGGAAGUGAUGCAGACUCCGGAAAGACUGGCAGUGGCCCCAAGGGAUCUGGAAAGAAUCCAGUCUCACUACCCACAUCUGCACCCAAAGAUUCAGGGAAAUCCAAAGACAGUGACAAUGGCAAGGCUGGAAAGAAUAACUCCGGCAAGAAUGAUAGUGGGAAGACCGGUAAGGAUGAUUCCGGCAAGAACGAUGCUGGCAAGACUGGCAAGGAUGAUUCUGGAAAGACUGGUAAGGAUGACUCAGGCAAGAAUGAUGCUGGGAAGACUGGCAAGAAUGAUGCAGGGAAGAAUGAUAAUGGGAAGACCAGUAAAGAUGACUCUGGCAAGAAUGAUACUGGAAAGGCUGGAAAAACUGACACUGGCAAGAUCGGGAAGUGGGGAGGAAAGACUGGACAAAGUGAUACCGGAACAACCGAUCCAUUUGAUCAACUUGGUGGAAGUGAUGCAGACUCCGGAAAGACUGGCAGUGGCCCCAAGGGAUCUGGAAAGAAUCCAGUCUCACUACCCACAUCUGCACCCAAAGAUUCAGGGAAAUCCAAAGACAAUGACAAUGGCAAGGCUGGAAAGAACAACUCUGGCAAGAAUGAUAGUGGGAAGACCGGUAAGGAUGAUUCCGGCAAGAGUGAUGAUGUUGGGAAGACUGGCAAGAGUGAUGAUACUGGGAAGACUGGCAAGAAUGAUUCCGGAAAGACCGGUAAGGAUGACUCGGGCAAUAAUGAUGCUGGCAAGAAUGGCAAGACUGAUUCUGGGAAGAAUGAUGAUGGGAAGACCGGCAAGGCUGAUUCAGGGAAGACUGAUGCUGGAAAGAAUGGCAAGAAUGACCAUGGAAAGACUAGUGCUGGGAAGACAGGCAAGAAUGAUGUUGGAAAGACUGGCAAGAAUGAUUCCGGAAAGACUGAAAAUGGGAAAAACCCAGUCCACCCUCCAACGCUUCAAGGUGUAAGCAUUGCAACUUUGCAACCGUCGUCAUUGAACAUUGUGAAUCAUCCAAUACCUGCUUCCAGUGUUCGGCCACCUGUCAUCAACACAGACAUGCUUUCAACGCUUAGCCCUACAGCAGUGGCUCAAUUGAUGGGCCAGGCUCCGCCUUCUUGCAACUUAGACCUUACCAUUUUGAACCAGUGCAUCCACGAAUGCGGCCAUGAAGUAUGCACUGAGACACCAUACCUGAUGCAAAUGAGAUACAAUGGUGGAGGUUGCUAUGGCACAAGUUUCAAGAGAUGUCGGGGAAACAAUGUUGAUUAUUGUUCCUGUGACAGAGACGAGCUCCCUUGUUCCGAAUGGAAUUCAGCAAACAUAUGUGUGGACUUUACCAUGGAUGGAAGAGUAUGCAAUUCGGAUAAUGCAGCCUGUGCUGACCAGAAUAACAAGAACCCCACGCCUGGAUGCGGACCGCCAACGUCAACUGAAGCCCACAAGGUGUAUAUUGAAGCAUUUGGAGGGAAUGAACUAUACUUCUCAGGACCAGUCAGUGCAGGCUCGACUUGGGAGUUGAGCACCGAGGGCGAGAAAGUGGCAGACAACACCGACAUUUUCACAUAUGAAUGGAUUGAUGGUAUUGGCAAGGGCAGAAUACUGCAGCACGUUGUCUUCCACAGCUCCUGCUCUGAUGAUAUGUCUGCCGGUGAUCGAUUUGGAUCGCAACAACUACUUGGAUUUGAUGCAUUCUGUGAUGUUUCAUGCAGGGAUGGAGGUUGCAAGGAAGUGACAGAGAACGGGAACACAUUUGGGCGUCGGCACACAUCCUCAAUCCUUGAAGAUGUGUCGUCGCUUCGACUUGGCUUGGGUGCUGGCUCUAUGCACAGCAGCGUGCAAUUGGAGCAUGUGCUAACAAUGUAUACUCCAAGCGACUUCAGUGCACCACCACAAAUCUUCAACUUCAGCGAUGCAACAGGGGACAUAGUGCAGUCGGCAAUACAACUUGAUGCGUCAGGCCUGCAGUUGUCUCUUGGAAAGAACUACUCGGCCGCAGCAAUUGUUACUGGUUUCUUGAAUGGUGAUAGAUCUGCUUUAUGUCAACAGGUCGCUCAAUCGCAACUAAGUUGCGAGAAAAGGGCAACCCUGCAGUGCGGUUGUCCUCCAUGUUUGGGGGAAAGCUUGGCAGAUCUUUCCGGUGCAGGAGGUAGCCCAACACCAAAUGCACCAUCCAAGACCAAACCGUCAAAUAAGUCCAAUAAGGACAAGGAUAAGGGCACUGAUAAGGGUAAGAAUCCACCACCAGCACCCAAGCCAACGAAUGCGCCAUUGAUAAGUCCUCCGAUUUCAAGGCCAACAGCAAUGUCAGGAAACCCACCUCCUGUGCCAAAUAAAGGCAGCGGAAAGAACUAUGUGCCGGCCAAUACCAAGGCUCCCAAAGAUUCGGGCACGGAGUCGAGUGGAAAGGAAACCAAGAAGAUGACUGCCAUUACCCGAUCUGAUGGCAAGUAG